AUGCCAACGGAAGUGGUAGCAUGCCAGCCGAAACAUAUAAUAAGGAAAUUCGUUCAGAGCGUGCCGUGUCCUCGGGCGAAGCCUAAGAAGAAGCAAGGGGUACCAUGCCCCGCAAUGGAAUGUAGGAAGCCCUCGAAGCACGUGGAAGAAAUAUCGUGUCCAGCGAUGGAACGCAAAAAGGCACCGAAUUGCGUCCGGCAAACCGUGUGCCAGCGAAACGGGAAAGACAAGUCUCCGAAGCACGUGCAAAAAGUAUCUUGCCCCGGAAAGGGACCGAAAAUAACGGUCAAGGGAUGCCCGAAAUGCGAGGACAACCGAAUAAAAAAACUGGAAUGCGAAGUGUACCAACUGCGAAGGGAGAUAGAGUGCAUGAAGGAGGAGCGGAAGUCGGCCGAGAAAGCAGUGCAGAGGGCCAUUCUUCGUGGCGCGCGGGCGCUCGGCGGAAGAUUUAAACCGGUCGUUCCUGAAUCGAUCGAGAAACUUUUGGAUAGUUGCGCGAGCGAUACGUCUUCGACUUCGUCGUCGGCGUCGGUCACGCACUGCGGAUUGAAACCGGAGUAUCUGCCGUGCGGGCACAAACCGCCGAAGAAGGAGGAGUUGCAUAUCUGCUGCGAGGCGUCUUGCGCCCAUUAG